CGCCUGCCCACUUCUUGCCUCUGCCUGCUUCUCUUCGACGAGCCCGAGCUCCCAGCCCACGCCGAGCUGCCCGCCCCCGCGCGAGCCCAGGCGGGGGGGGGCGCCCGCGUUUGAGAAGAGUCGCUCCCACCCCCCAGCCCGAGCGAGGCAGCCGGGUGAUUCUAGGCCUUCUACAUGGGGGGGCCUCUGGUGAUGGCCCCGCGCGCGCGGCCAUUGUUUCUCCCUCCAAGCACGGUUGCGGAUUAUGGGCCAAGCGUUGAUGCGAAUUUUGUGAAGCUCGGGCUUUACGCUGAAGGGCACAGUGGUGGGAGUGCGCUGGCGAUUGCUGGCAACGGUGGCAUGAAGGGAGCCCAACAGUUUGUAGAUGUCUGUAGUGCGGCAAGAAGGUGGCGCUUGGGUAGUUGAGGAACGUUACUCCACAGACUACGCACUUCCACGAAUGCAGGAGACGCAGGACCUGACGUUGAUCUUCGCCAGCGAGGAUAACGGCGGGACUGCAUGGGGGCUGCUGCUGCCUUUGAUCUCCUGCGGUGGUGUAGACAGGUAUCCCGCUGAAGGUGUGAACCGCUGGAUGCAUUGAGCACUGGGGUAGUUCCCACAGUUUUGCAUAUCACAGCAAUCAGCGUGGCCAGUUUCAUGCCAACUUAUUGUCGGGGCCUCCGACGCUGCCAGGUUUGAGCGGCCUGGAGGAAGUGGACGUGUUGAUGGCUGCCAGAUGUCGACGUGGUGCUCGGGCAGGGAGGCACUGAUCCUACGAUCCCAUACGUUUGCGGUAUAUUAGACCUCGCACAACUUCUGCCUGCCGACAAGAGUGUCGCCCAUAAGCACCAUGCUGUUAAGUUUGCGCCGAAGUUGUCCGCGAGCAGCAAGCAGUAUGUCCAUAACAUCAUCGUGUAUGGAUGUGACAAUGCUGCCUCAUACGGUAUAUCUUCAUCGCACAAUCAGGUGAUGGGUGAAUGCGAGAGAUCAUGCCACGAGGUUGCGACGCAAUGAAAUGGCCCUGGGCUGUUGGGAGCGACGACGUUGUAUUCCCUGAAAAUGUGGUCAUGCCGUUUGGCGAGAAUGUGCUCUGGAUGGCAUUGCAGGUGCACUACUGCAAUCCACUAUUGGACGCAGGCGUCAAGGACAUCAGUGGGUGCACGAACAUUUGGGACGUACCGAGUAUCAACGUGUUGGGUGUGGUGUACCAUGGCCAUCUUGUUGGCAAGAGUUUCAACAUUGAUGUCGCCAGCAGCGUGGACGGAAGCUACCGUGGAACGCUCCGCCGCGAAAAGAGGUACGACUUCAACCACCAGAGCCUUGAGCCGAGGUUGCUGAAGACGAUUUCUAGAAGGGACGAACUAACGUUCACAUGUAAGUAUGAUACUUCCUCGAGGACGGAGCUCACUGCGUUCGGGGAGCUGACGCAGAACGGAACGUGCUGGUCUGCAUUCACUUAUUAUCCUGCCCAGGCGAAGGAGGGGCGACGCGGGACUGGGCGACCGACUGCGUCAGGAACACGUGCCGCGUGGCCAGGCCGAACAACGCCACAGUCAUGCCCGGCGUCACCUUCGGCACCGACGACGAGAUCCAAAAUUGCGCCCAGAAGGUUUGCGACAAGGUUUGAGUCGGGCAUGUCCCUCUACAGGAGGAAUAUUCAAAAGCGGAAAAAAUGUCAGGUGACGUCUCCGUGGGGGUGCUCUGGGGCUUUCUUUGAAGCCGUCUCGGGUCCGAAACGAGCGCCCGGAAGCGAAGCGUAGAGAGAGGUGACUUUUGCACGCGCUCCGCUGCCAGGGUGAGAGGGGGGCGCCACCCUGGAAAUGUGCGAACAUCUCAGGGCGUUCCACCGCGCUCCAACGUGCAGAGUGUGCGUUGGCAGAUCAGACGUGCGAAUCUGGAGCGGCUCUCUUAUACUGCGCCCGUGUUGGCUCCCCCUUCGUGCACGCCAUCGGGCGAUCUGGGUUCAAGCAAGGUCAACAACACUCUAAGCAGCAUGACGGCCGACCUUCCAAUGUCGUGGGUCCCACAGACAGACGUAAUUAGUGUCGUCAGCUCCGACAUGCGUCUGCUCACGUUCGGUGAGAAUCGCGCUUGUUAUGCACUGUCUCCUCAUGUGGGUGCACAGUCUAGUCUGCUCGCUUGCUGUCACAGACUCUUGCCAGUGGCUUCCCUGCCUUCAGUGUGGCCACAGCAGUUUGGCCGGGUUGAGCAGCGAAGCCGCACUCGACGCCUUUCCUCAGCGACUCCGCCGGAUGGCUCGAUGCUCGACCGCCUCGCUGCUCAGUCCUGCGCGCGCCCUCGCGCCCAGAGCGGCGGGAGAGCGCCACGGUGUCAGGCGGUCUCUUCUCCGGUGUUUUUUUUCCCGGAAAGGGCUUGGGCCCAGGGUUCUCUUUUAGCCGUUUACCCCCGGAUCUGACGGGUCAAGCGCCGGCGAAAUUAUUUGCGAUAAAUAACGAGGUAAAGUGCUG